UACGCAAUUAAAGCGAGCAGCAGAAAAUCUGUGGUGUGUUCGUUCGUGCUCGCUCGCUCGUGUGUAUCCUCAGACAGAUACUCUCUCUCUCUCUCUCUCUCUCUACACUCUUCCUCCAAACCUACUUCGGUGCGCCGAAAUCCCCGCUGUUCUUCGAGAUUUACAGGCCCUUUUAGUGAUUUUGGAUUCGGUGGGUGGGUGGGAGGAUAAUGUGAAAGGCUGACGUCGAAUCUGUUUCUUGAUUUAUUAAUACUACUGUUAUUCUAGAUUUGGGAGUUCGGUUAGAUCUGGGCUCUAGGGUUUUGCAUCAAUGGCUGCCGCUUUUCCUCUGCCGGUCCCCGCUGCGCAGGUUGGAACAUACUUCGUUGGCCAAUACUAUCAGAUGUUACAGAACCAACCCGAUUUUGUGCACCAGUUUUACAGUGAAUCCAGCACCAUGCUUCGAAUUGAUGGACAUAGAAGAGAGACUGCUUCUUCCAUGCUGCAAAUCCACCAACUUGCUGUUUCCCUAAAUUAUAUGGGGAUUGAAAUUAAGACUGCACAUUCCUUAGAAUCUUGGAAUGGUGGAGUUCUGGUGAUGGUUUCGGGUUGCGUGCUUCUUAAGGGAUUUGCUGGGAGGAGGAAGUUCAUGGAAACCUUUUUCCUUGCUCCUCAGGAGAAAGGAUACUUUGUUCUCAAUGAUAUCUUCCACUAUGUCGAGGAAGAACAAAUUAUGCAGCAUCCAAUUGGGUACUUAUCCCAGAGCAAUCUUGACCCGAAAUACCAUUCUUUGUCUGCAGCUCGAGAACAAGUGCCUAAUUACAUGUCGGGUGGAGAUAUUCAGUCAAGAGGACUCUCGGCGCCUGCCAAGAUAGAAGCGGGUACUCCAGCGAAUAACCACAGCCAAGCCGAGCAACUUAGUCAGAAAAUCCCUGAGACAGAGAAUGCCAGAGAGGAUGAUUUUGAGGUUCAUUCGAAUGGUGUACUUCCAGAAACAAAAACCUCAACUCGUGAUCAUUUCUCUGGUCCCAUCGAAGAAUCUGUUUUGGAACCACAGAAACAUACUUAUGCGUCCAUACUGCAGGUUGCUAAAGGACAAUCUACGCCACCAGUUUCUCAAGCAUCCUUGAACAAGCAGGUCCCUCCGGAGCAUACACCUGAAACCAUUGGCCAGCCAUCACUUGCGUCGUCCAAUCAAAUUGAAAGAUCUGGAAUGGAAACUGUCGAUGAAGCAUCAGCUAUGGAAGAUGAAGUUGAAGUCAAGUCAGUUUAUGUUAGAAAUGUUCCCAUGACCAUGUCUGCUUCCGAAAUUGGGGAGGAAUUCAAGAAGUUUGGUAGACUCAAGCCUGAUGCUGUAGCCAUUAGAACCCGGAAGGACAUGGAUGGAUGCUAUGCAUUUGUUGAGUUCGAAGAUGUCUCGGGGGUGCAGAAUGCUAUUAAGGCAUCGGCAGUUCAGAUCGGUGAACACCAACUUUAUAUCGAAGGACGGAGACCCAACAGAAAUAGCUUAUUCCGAGGAGGAAGGGCAAGGGGUAGAGACAGAAUUAGCAGCUACCAGAUGGGAGGAGGACGAUCCUCCAGCGGUGGGGGGCGAGGGGGUUUCAAUAGGGGGGAUGGGUUUGAGCAUGAUUACGGCAGACAAAGGGGAAAUGGUUUCUACCGGAAAGUCCCCCGACAAGAAUGGGCAAACUCACAUGCGGGCUACCACCCAGGAUCCAGAAAUGGGCACAACUUAUCAUCGUCGGAGUGAGCCAACACUCGAUAAUUUUGGAAUAUUUUAUGUUUUGAGUCAUUAUUAUUGUUAUUAUUUCUUGUUGAUUUACAGCAGCAGCAGCAACAACAAAUUAAAAAGUGUUUGUAGGCAGCAGGGAGAGAAGAGGCCACUUUGAGUUGGGAUUUUAAUUAAUCUAACACUUAAUUUGUUAUCUUUGUGAAUGGGAGGAGGAAGCUUAUUUGAA